GUGGUACAGUGCGCAAGUGGGAGCGCAUGUAUCAGCUGAUCAUGACGUAUCGAUUUAUAAAGCCUACCAUAGACGCAAUAAACAAUUGCAAUAACCAUUGAAAAAUCGUGUCUGACUAAUCAGUGCAAAAUGGAUUUAACAAUCAUUUUAGCGAUUUUAUCCUUUUUCGUUAUCGUUGCGUCAGGCUUCGCGUUUUAUUUCGCUAGUAAAGGAAAUUCAGAUGAUAAACCACAACGUGAUGCUGGUGCAAGACCCGUUCAAAAUCAAGGGCGAGAUGCUCCAGGAGGUCGUCGCGCUCAAAUGCUGCGGAACAGGAAUGUGCGCGCUCGCAGAAACGUGGAAGAAGAAGCAGAGCCUGCUCCUGAUGACUCAGGCUAUGAAGAAGCGCAAAAAGAUUUAGAUAAAUUGGGCGCAAAGAAGCGCGCCAAGUUGGAAGCCAAGGCAGAGAAGAAGGCGCAGCGGGAAGCAGAAGAACACUCUCGAGCAGAUCGCAAGAAGCGUGAGGAACAAGCGAUUGAAGAACGACGUAAGCUGGAAGAAAUGGAGCGCGCACUUGAGAAGCAACGUGAGGAGGAAGAGCGCAAGGCGCGCGAAGAGAAAGAGCGGCGCGAGCACGAAGAAUACAUGCGUAUGAAGGAAGCAUUCAAGGUGGAGGAGGAGGGCUACGAGGAAGGCGACGAGGGUGAGCAAGGCAAUAUUCUGCAGGAGUUUGUCGAGUUUAUCAAGGAGCAGAAAGUCGUAGUGGUCGAAGACUUGGCGUCCAGGUUUAAAUUGAAGACGCAGGCCGCCAUCGAUCGCAUAAAAGAUCUACAGCAGGAUGAUAUCCUCACAGGCGUCAUUGAUGAUCGCGGGAAGUUCAUAUACGUGUCUCCAACCGAGAUGGCCGCUGUUGCUAAAUUCAUCAAGCAGCGCGGACGUGUUUCCAUUCAGGAGUUGGCUGAGCAUAGUAAUCAACUCAUUCGCUUAGCGCCGACGCAAGUCGCUUAGUAAUUCAAUAUAGAAGUAGUUUGAAUUAUUA